AAACUGCAACAAAAACAGCAGACCAUGACAGAAGGGAUGGCAAUUUAAUUACAUAUCUAACAAUUCGAAGAUAUAUCCAUUCCUUGUAACAGAAUGAACACCAUUCAUUAGGGCCAUGGCCAUUUGUUGUGAACAGUUAUAGUUCAGUUUUGUUUGAUCGUUUGAUGCAGACACCGUGUAUUUAUAGUAUACCCACCACCAGAAAGAAAGAGCUACACAUGAAAAAGGCUUAGAACAAGAGCUCUACUGUUCUGCAAGACCUACCCCCAUGGUCACAUUUGCAAUUAGCCAACACAGUAGUGGACAUCAUAGGUUUAGGUGAGUAUUGCUUGCUUGAGAAGUAAACACAUGGAUAAAAAGGACAAGGAUCACACAAGCAAAUCUCACCCAAUUCCUCUUGCUGCUUACUCGAUGAAGGAGGAGGGAAUAAAGAUGUUACCAAAUCAUGAUGAUGACUCAGAUCUCAUGCGUAUGGUGAAGGAGUUUCAAGGUUCCCUCGUAAGGAUCGAUCUGCUGGAGAAGGAAAAUCAAGAAUUAAAACAAGAGGUUGCACGUCUGAGAGGGCAAGUAACUCAUCUGAAAGCACAUGACAAUGAGAGAAAAUCCAUGUUAUGGAAGAAGUUGCAGAGUUCAUAUGAUUGCGGCAACACAGAUGGAUCUAACCUGAAAGCGCUUGAAAACGUCAAGCUCAAUGAAAAGGGUCAAGAGGCAAAGAACCCGAGUCCUAAGACAAGCAUCCAAGAAUCAUCUCCUGUAAUAAAACCACCACCACCUCCACCAUUGCCAUCAAAAACAACACUCGGAAAAAGAUCUGUGCGGCGUGCUCCUGAGGUUGUUGAGUUGUACCGUGCGCUCACAAGAAGGGAGUCUCAUAUGGAGAAUAGGAUGAGCCAGAAAGGGAAACUGUCACCUGCAUUCAGCAGAAAUAUGAUUGGUGAAAUUGAGAAUCGCUCCAAAUAUCUUUCAGCUAUCAAAUCUGACAUAGAAAGACACAAAGAGCACAUCCAAUUCUUAAUCAGUAAGGUGGAGACCACAACAUAUACAGACAUAUCAGAAGUGGAGACGUUUGUGAAAUGGUUAGAUGAGGAACUAUCUUCUUUGGUUGAUGAAAGGGCAGUCUUAAAGAAUUUCCCGAAAUGGCCAGAGCGCAAAGCAGAUGCACUUAGAGAAGCAGCUUUCAAGUACCGAGGCCUAAGGAACCUUGAAUCUGAAAUCCUCUCAUUCAAGGAUAAUCCAAAGGAGCAUCUGACACAGGCCUUACAAAGAAUUCAAUCGUUGCAAGACAGAUUGGAAGAAUCUGUUAGCAGCACAGAGAGGAUGAAAGAGGGUACAGGUAAGAGAUACAGGGAUUUUCAGAUACCUUGCGAAUGGAUGCUCGAUACGGGAUUGAUUGGACAGCUAAAAUACAGCUCACUGAGGCUAGCCCAGGAAUAUAUGAAGCGAAUCACCAAAGAGCUGGAAUCAAAUGAAAGUGCUAGAGAAGGAAAUCUAAUGCUCCAAGGGGUCCGAUUUGCUUACACAGUACACCAGUUUGCCAGUGGUUUUGAUGGAGAAACACUAUUCGUAUUUAACGAGCUAAAGAAGAUCAUCACAAGCGAACCCAGAACGUAAAAGUGUCACCGUUGACAUCGUAGAGAAACCAACCAGAGUUAGUGUAUGAUACGGGCGUGGUCCUGCUCCAAAUACGAAGAGAAAGAACAGGCGAUAUAAAGCAGCUUUAAUAUAUGUAUUAGCCAUGUAAGAAACUAGGAUAAUUUAUCGAACUAUCUGGUUUCUGAGUUAUUCUAGCGAAAAAUCAGUUUUUAAGCAUUCA